UAGGGUAACAGCGCUGCUGAUAUCGGUGGUGGUGGUGAUGGCCGGAACCGAUAGGUUUGGCCCACCACAACAGUGAAUUACCAACAUUGUGCCGCACGUAGGCCCGCGCAUGCACCGGGCCGUCACCGUUCUGUCACGUGAACCACGUUCUUAAUUCAUAAUUUGCCUUCGUACCGGGAAGACUGCACGCUACCUCAAGCUUCUUCCGUCCAUCGGCCCCUUGACUAAGAUGCGACUAGUCCACCAAAACGACGAAAUCGUCAAUCGCCUCGUCGACCGCCGACCUGCUUGCGCCUCAAGGAACAUAUACCGGUCCGGCGAUUACGAUAUCUUCAUUCUCCUGGGUUUCCUCGCCACGCUUGGCGUUGUGCUUAUCCUCUUUCUUCAGUACGACUUCACAGAAAGCCAGAUGGGCAAGAAAACCACUUCAGCUUCUUCCACUGCUAACGGCUCUUCCACAGAUCACUCCACGGACCACGCAUCCGUCACGACAACCGCAGGUACACAGCGAAUGGUAAAGCGUCUUGAACGUCGCCUCGCACCCGAUGCAACUGGAAACGUGAGGAUAGGUACCUCAAGAAGCACCAGAAGGAGCAUCCGGAGGGGUACGGGGAAACGUGCCAGCAGUAGUACCAAACGCGCCACGCCGCGUCAACGUACGGCUCACUCAGUUAAGUAUUGCGAAGGUGCAGGGUGUCUCAAGAUUUCGCAAACCAUUACGGAUUCUGUGGACCCAAAGUUAAAUCCUUGCAGCGACUUCUACCAUUUCGUUUGUAAGACGUGGUUAAACCACACGAAACUUACCUUGGGCGAAGCAAAGUUAUCAGAAGAUGACAUCAAGAAGAGAGAGAUCGAGAAGGUCCUGGUAGCCGAGCUGAAGGCCGGUACAGACGACGCUUCCCUGAAGUGGCCUUACCGUCUAUGGGAAGCGUGCAGAGCAGGGAAGGGCGAACCUGGAGCCGAUCAUAUGUUCGUGAAUAUCCUCAAGGCCCACGGCAUAAAAGACUUCCCUUAUCGGAAAGACAGCGGGCUGAAUAUUUCGCGGACUGCAGCGAAACUGCUGAAGCUGUCGGACAUCGCAGCCAUCGUCGGCGUAUCCGUCCAGAAGGCACCUGAGGGCUUCAAGGAAAAAUUUGUCAUUAGGAUCGACCCACCACGAACCAUAUUUCGGGGGUUCGUGAAGAUGCGCGACAUACACGACGAAUGGUACCUCGCUGCUGUGGAGCGCAUUUCUGACACCAGAUAUCUUCCCAAAUUGCUCAAACUAGAACAAGCUCUUGUAGACCUCGCAGGAGAGAGACGAGAGGCGAAGAAUUACAUCAAAUCCAAAGUGAACCUUCUGCUCAAGAGCAAGCACUGGGACUGGACGGUCUUUCUGGGCACAUUGUUCAAAGGUGUCACUAAGAUAUACUACGACACCGAAGUACUCAUCAAGGGUGGCUCUUUCCAGAAAAGGCUGAUUACCAUAAUCAACUCCUUCGGUGCCGCCACAAUUCUGAACUACCUCACUUUCCGUAUGCACAUACAAUAUGCGCUGUUUCUCAACUUUGACGACUAUUUGGAGAUUGCGACCAUAGCGGGAGCUUCAGUUCCAGGCUGGGAGGACGGUGACCAAGUGAGGGACGCGGCUGACUUCCGAUGUGUUCGCAUACUUUCCAGGGUGAUGCCUGAACUCUACGCUUAUAUCUACUGGAAAGCUCGCCUAAGGAACAGGCACCAACUGUCGACGGCAGUGGAAGCCCUAACAGAGCACAGCCUCAACGAAGUCAUUAGCGUGGCUGAACAGUUGAACGUGGCUUCGAAGAUGGUGAAGCGCUUCCGGGAUGACCUGUUUGGCUUGCAGAAGCAGCUGUUCGUUCCGGACUGGGUGCAGCGUCAAAGGUCUCGAAUGCAGUUCGCCAAGAUGCUUUUUGUAGACACGGAAGAUUCCCUGUUGAUGUCCUGGAACGGGAUUCUGACAGCUCGUCAGCGGAACAUGCAGAAGAAGCUGACUGACGCUGGUUUCGAGACCUUCUGGCAUGGAGACUUUCUGAGUCCAGAACCGUGGAUAGAUUUCGACGAAAAGGUCUUGCAUGUACCAGCACCAGCAGUGCAGUCCAACUUCACCGCAGAUGCCUUCAUGGUACAUCACGUCCCCCGCCUGGGAUUGAAUAUCGCCAGAACAGUCAUGCGCCACCUUGUGGACCGCACAUUUCAACAGAGGGCCCAAGUGCCUUCCACGCACCUCAAGGUGGAGUUCCUCAAAGACUGUCUACGGAAGCAGUACUACCACGACCGACCUUCCAAUGACAUGGCCAGUCAUGGAGACCUCCUGGACUUGCUCACCCUUCCAGCGGCGCUCAGGGUGUUUCAGAAGCAUGCCACUCGCGGCAGUCCCAUCUUCAAGCUGAGGAGCGUGCCCCAGUAUGCGGGAGACCAACUGUUCUUCAUCGAGUUCGCUUUGGGUCGGUGCGAGAAGUACGACGAUUCGUACUUUCACCAAAGGUUGCAUCACGGGUUCUCGUCGCCUGCUGCAUUCAGGGUAAACGGGCCGCUGAAGAAUAUGCCCGAGUUCGCCAAAGCCUUCCGCUGUCCCCCCGACUCCGAUAUGGUUGCCAAACACCGCUGCGGAUUUUUAUCCACUACGGCGAAGAGUAAAGACGGAAGGAAGGCGUGAUUUUUUGUGCUGAUUAAUUUAUUGGUGGUUAUGAAUGAGAUUUUCCUGUGGUUCACUGUGUAAGUCUCGCGUAGUUACUGUAGGCUCUGUAACGGAAAUGCCUUCCGUGAUCACACAUGCUCAUGAAUCUAGACGAUUUUGGUCUUAGGAGCACUUCGUGACCCCCUCACGACAGCAAUACGAUAAAAUUUGUUAACUACAGA